UUGUUCUUCUCCUUUUCUUCUUCGUCUUCAUCUUCUCCUUCUCCUUCUUCUGCUGCUUCGCUAUUCAUCUCUGUCUCUUGGAUCGAAAAACUAAAGCGAAUGGACAAAGGCAAAGCAGUGAUGGGUACUGGCCGGAGAUGGGCCGUCGUAUCCAAGGAGCUUAAUGCCUGCCACAGAAAGAAGCACCUUAAAUUACAGAUUCUGUAGCUUACGACCUCCGUCAUAUGGAGAAUAUGCCUGCGUUGGUGGAGGCUUCCGUUUGCAUUACUACUGGAGUGACCCAAAAGUUUCUAAAGGCUCUUACUUCUGUCCACUGCCUUUCGCUAUAUUUAUCAUUUUCAGAGGUUGUGCAUCCUUCUGGUAUGAUCUUCAAUCAGCUUGUUCAUCUGGACUUGUACACUUUCACCGAAGGCUGGUGGGAUCUUCUUACUUGUAUGCUCCAAGAUUCCCCUAAACUGCGACUUCUCAAACUCAGCAAUAACAAAUUAAGAAGCGAAAGCAAAGAGACCCCAAUUGGUCGGAGGCGGCCGAGUUCUGUUCCUGAGUGUUUAUUGUCUAGUCUAGAGGCUUUUGUGUGGAUUGGGUACAAUGGGAGACAAGGGGACAGGGAGAUGGCAAUAUAUCUCCUGAAAAAUACUGCUUGUUUGAAGACAGCUACAUUCUCUCCAGAUUCUACUGAUUUGGGAGAGAAGUAUCAGAUGCUCAAGGUGUUGGCAUCUGUAGCUACAACGUCCGCUUCGUCUCAGCUUCUAUUCGACUGAACAAUGAUAAAAAUGUCGUUUUAGAUUUUUAGUUAAAGUCACAUGUCUUGUAUUUGAAGCUCUUAGUUUUUGGUUAAAUUUCGGCUAGUGUGACUGAAGAUAAACCUAUGUUGCUCUGUUCGCUGGCAACCUUCAACUUCGUGUCGGUUUUAUGUUUUUGACUUGUUGCUUUACUCUGGUUAAAGUUCAACGAGUCAGUUAACUAAUCAUCUUCUCCCCCUUACUCUUUAUGUGCUCAUCUUGUCCACCAACACCAAAGAACAAAAGUUAUAGUUCAACCAAAAAAAAAGUAAUUUCGGUAUUUUAAACGACCAACACUUUUGUUCGGUUUACUUCUAUGUUUACAGAAUCAAACGAGAACAAGACUGUCACCAAUGGCAGAGACACUCAAGAGGUGAAUGUGGAAGAUGGAUUAAGAAUAAUAAAGAUAUACAAGGAGUAUAUGAGCAAGACAUGUAUACUUGAUGAUUUC